AUGUCGAAGUUUGAAUCCAUUGUCAUAGUCGGUGGGGGUGCUUGGGGUCUCUCUACUGCGCUCCAUCUUCACGGAGCUGGGCACACAAAUAUCACCGUCUUUGAGACUGCUGAUUCUAUCCCAUCUCGCUACUCCGCGGCCUACGAUCUCAACAAGAUCGUUCGCGCAGAAUACGAAGAGAGCUUCUACACAGAUCUUGCCCUUGAAGCAAUCGAAGCCUGGAAAGAUCCUUUGUUCGGUCCGUACUAUCAUGAGACUGGAUACAUUGUAGCAACUUCGGGAACCGCACCUGCAAAGGCGAAAAAGAGUUUGGACACCGCGCUUGCAUCCGUUUCCAAGCAUCCAGUUUUUGCUCCAGGUAUCAAAGCAUUAAACGAUGCCGAUGAGUUCAAGAAGUAUGCCUGGCAGAUCACAGGACCCCUCAAAGGGUUCACUGGAUACUUCAACCGUUUGGCUGGAUACGCUCACUCUGCAAAUGCUUUGAAAGGCAUUUUCCUGCAUUGCGCAUCCCUGGGUAUUAAAUUUGUCCUUGGUCAAUCAGCUGGUACGGUCACAGAGCUUGUCUACGAAGGCCAAGGCAAGGAUCGAAGAUGCACUGGCGUACGCACAGCAGAUGGCAUCACACAUCCCGCAGCAAGAACAAUCGUAGCCUCUGGAGCUUGGGGGGCCUCACUGGUUUCAGGGAUGGGCCGCUUCGUCACUGCACGCAGUUGGUCCGUCGCUCACGUACAACUCACCGAGCAAGAAUGUGACUACCUGCGUGGCCUUCCCGUCAUCAAUGUUCGUGACCUCGGUUUCUUUUUCGAACCAGACCCCGCCACAAAGUUAUUCAAGCUAUGUCCUCUUGGUGCUGGAUUCAGCAAUACAGACAAGGAAGGCACGUCUCUACCGCCAAUGGACAGAAUACCACAGCCUCAAGACUUCAUACCUGCUGAAGAUGAGAUCAAGCUGCGGAAGUUGUUGGCAGAGACAUUUCCAUGGAUGGCAGAUCGACCAUUCGUUGACAAGAAAUUGUGCUGGUUUGCCGACACCAGCGACUCUGAAUACUGUAUCGACUUUUUACCAGAUACAAAUGAUUCCGUCGUUGUCUUAUCUGGCGAUUCUGGUCAUGGAUUCAAAAUGAUGCCAAUCUUUGGCAAAUGGGUGGUCGAUUUACUUGACAAUGGAAAGCAGAAUAUAGACAGAUGGUGUUGGAAGACUAAGGAUGAAAGAGGUCAGGAUUGGGGUGAUGCCGUGAGCUGGCGUAUCGGAAAGUCGAGAGAGCUGAGUGAGUUGAUUGACGAGGCCAGAAAAGGAGGCUUACAGGCGCGUUUGUAG